AUGUGCUGCGACCAAUUUUACAAGAUGGCACAACAUGAGUUUGCGAUGACUCAAUAUACCCUGGACAGGCACUCCAGCCAACUGCAGGUGCUGGAGCGUGCAAAGGCCAACAAAACUAUACUUUUGCUGGAUUUACCGCCAAUCUUCAACAAGAAGACUCUGGAUGCCAAUGUUGGGUACUACCUACAAGCUGCUGGUCUCCAAUGGGACCAGGUGGCAGCAAUGCACAAUCAUAUGGUUUCUUCAGCUUCUUCGCUUAUUCGCCUGGAGUUUCUUACUGAACAGCAAGCAGCCCAGUUUAGGGAUCAGAUGCGGCAAGGUCGCCGAUACUGGCGCGACCCCCAGCAGCAAGACCACAAGAUCAGGAUAGAGCAGGACCAGCCACUGGAAAACAGACUGGCUAUGCAACCAUAUUAUGCUUUGCUUGACGUCCUCGCCGAGCUCUAUGUGGCCGAAACCGGAGACGAUACACACUCUUCGCUACAGACCUGGAGACAGACGCUGCAGAUCUGGACCGCUAAGGGGGUGGAGCCCAAACAACUGAUUGGGCAAGUGAUCUACGCGCUUGACCCGCACUUUGCGCGCCGCUAUUCAUGCUUGCUCCUGGUGCACGACAGAUUUUACGACGCACUCAAGCGCGCCACCUCUGAUCACACGACUGCGCAACGCGCCUCCUACGACAAGGCCUUCGACCUCACCACCGCCUCCCACGCACAGGCUUUCCCAUACACGGUGAUGCCGGUACGCAUUUCGGAUGAUUUGGCCUCUACGCUUGAGUCUCACUCCAUGUUGCCUUUUCAAGGCGCUGGCGGCAUGACCGCCUUGACGGCCCAGGCUUUCUUAGACCAGGGUUUUGAGGAUUACGGCAAAGGGACCAAUGGACUCCCCAGAUGGGCAAAGGCAGCAGCCACCGAUCCUUUUGCCAAGGAUGGUCCCAGAAAUCCGGAGCACCCUGUGACCCGGUUUCACGUGGAAGGACACGGUCCCCUGGAAGAACACCGCAAGUACUGGUCCACUAAGCAGGCCCAAGACUCCUGGACAUCCCUUCCCACAGCAACCAAGUGCAUGGUAUUGCAGCUAGACCGCAUACUGUUUGAUCUGGACCCCAUCAUGCAGGAACACAUCGUCAAUAUGCGGGGCCCUCUGUACGAACCAGUUAUGAUUGCCUCUUCCCUUUGGCUAGCCUAUGAACAGGCCAAGCAGGCCCCCAACGAUCAGCUAGUCAAACUGCUGGAAUACAUCUUGCCGCUAAUGCAGAUCAGCACGCAGGAGGUACAAGCGGUCCAAUGGAGGGCCCACGUCAACAAAGGCAACAUCAUGGAAACCUUGAUGCUAGCAUUAGCAGAAGGAGGUGCGCACCUGCUAGCAUGGCGCACAGCAUGGUCUAUGCUUCAACACCAGCACAAGGACACUAGAUACUCUUGGGUACAAGUUGUUUCGGUCUACUGA